AACCACCCCCCCCCAACGCCUGGUUUACGCGCCUUGCAAGUUGCGAGUACAGCAUAUACUCCUCAGUGCCGCUAAAUCGCGCAGCUAAUGAAACUUCGUUACUGAAAGCUGGCUGGCCUGGACUCCUUCAGUAUCAGUGGCGCAUAAUAAUCAAAUCGCUCUAAUAGCGAAGUACAUUACAUUGAGAUAUGGCGCACGGUGCUGAGGACUGCGCAUCCGUGUUAGAGCAAUUCGUUCAUGAUGUGGCGAAUCUGCCAGCAGAAAUCAACCACUUGAUGGAAGAGAUUCAGGCCAAGGACAAGAUUAUUCAAGAAUGUCGCUCCACGAUCAACUCCAGAGAUGGAAGUUUACAAAAAUUUAUCAAAAUGAACGGCAGUUUGACGCCAAAUCCCAAAGAAGAACAAUACGGAAAGGUCAUACUACAGAGUCUUGAUAAGUCGCAGCAACUACAGGAUGAGAAGAUACAACUGAGUGAGAAAGCGUGUGUUUUGUUAGACCGGCAAAUCAAGAAAUUGGAUAUCAAAAUUCGUGACUUGCAGAAUGACGGUGUCCUUUCCAACGACCCUCCCUUGCCCUCCCUUUUCAACAACAGCGACCAAUACCGAGACCUCCCCAAGAUCUUCCACACCGAUUCUACCUCUGAGUCUACCUCCUACAGUACUCCUCUACAUCCUACGUCCGGGAAUGCCAAUGUCAUAAUAGGUGCCACUCAGAGACUUAACCAGUCCCUGGCCCGAUCAGCAGGUGUGGCUACUCUAGGCUCUCCGACGGCUGCGCGAAGCUCGGCUCCCGCAACUCCAGCCGGUGGCACAGCUCAUUUUCACCAACGGCAGCGUGAGUCAUCAGCGGGCGCAGUAGAAAACAAGCGGCGGCGGCUAAACGCCUCACUUGGAACAUUGCCAACAGCAUCCUCGAACCUUCGGCAGUCUUCACUAGGUCCCGGUACACCUAAGGGCGGUACGCCAGCCUCGAGUCGCGCUGGCAGUGCUGGGCCACGUUCUUCAAGCACAGUAAAAAAGGCAUUGACUAAGAAAGUCGCGCCUCAUCAGCAAUUGAAGAAGAUCAAGGCAUCAUCUGGACUCAACGGAAAACCAACUAAACGGUCUUCUAGUGCUAGUGGCCGUAUCAAGCUUACUACAAAGAAGUCCCCAUCUGCGGCCGCCGGCGAUGAAGACGAGGAUGAUUCGCUACUCAGCAGCGCCGAUGUCUCGGAUUCCGAAAAUAACAGCGAUGCUCGGCGUGGAGAUGAAGACAUGGAUGAUGAGGAAGAUGAGGGCAAUGAAGAUACCAGGGUUUAUUGUACUUGUCGCAGUGUCAGCCACGGCGACAUGGUUGCUUGCGAUAAUGAAAAUUGCGAGUUCGAAUGGUUUCACUGGAAGUGUGUAGGUUUGACCAGGGAACCUGUAGGCAAAUGGUAUUGUCCUCAGUGUGCAGCCAAGUUAAAUAGUUAAUCAUACCCUCCUGUUUCAUAUUGACGACUAGCCUGUUAUAUUUCCUGAAAUUGCAUACCAUCUCAUUCCAGGAUUGCUCCGAUAGAUUUGGAGCUUCCACCGUUUCACAAGGUACAAAGAUUAGGCCACGAAAUGAAGCAAUCCAAUCGCUUCUGUUAGAACCAAACCAUCCGUAUC